UGGGCUUUCAGAUAAAAAAAGUUAGAAAUCUCUAUGACUAAAAUCCAUCCCGCAAUUAAGGCAUGAAUUCGUCAAAACCAUGUCCUAACGCCUUUUGUAUUUGCCCACUGAGAAUGAAUUGGAGAGUGCGAUACAAAUAUGUCAACAAAUGUGCGGAAUGAAAUGGAAAUGCUUUUACUAAAUUAGAUUAACGAGUUACUUAUGUUUUAUCGUGCAAGCACAAUUCAAGUUAUUGAAUAAGGAGAAAGUAGCUUAUAUUUAAUAACUAUAAUUCCUCUAAACAGUGUGGAGUAGCCUAAAGCUCUUUAAACUACAUGUUCAAAUAUGUCCCUAAAUAUUACUCGUAAUAUAUUCAACGAGGAAAAAUGAGGUUGUGCUAUAUUUCUGUGUUAACUUUAAUAUCAUUAUCCGAGCAUAUCAUAACUACGGAUAGUAGUGGAUUGAAGGACGACACAAGUGGAUCGCUAAAAUAUGUUGAUCUCGAUAAAGACUAUCGGAUUUACCAGAAGAAACUUACUUAUGCAGAGUCGCUAGAGUUUUGUUCAAAAUGUUUGGGUAGCAUGGCCACUUUCGAAACCGCAGCCGAAGCAAAUAAAGUAAAGGACCUCAUUUACAAAAUUUCCGUAUUCAGUGAAGCCUAUGAUACUGGGAAGGAGCCUCAUGAAUUUGGACUGGAUCGAAGAUACUGGUUUGGACUCACAGACGAAAAGAAGGAGGGGGAGUGGGUGUGGAUGAAAAAACCCAAAGUCGAAGGUACACCAGUGUCCAACGUGGCAUCAUACAGGUGGUAUCCUAAACAGCCAGAUCACAUCACAACGAAAUCGGCAGAGCACUGUGCUGGGUUCCCAGUUUAUCACAAAGACGAGCAGAAAGCAGGGAAUGCUACGGGCAGACAAGAAAGUCAUUAUUUCAACGAUUAUCCCUGUGAUAUGAAAAUGUAUUUUAUUUGCAAAAAUACUGGCGAUGCGGACGCAGCCUCUGACCCCUCAUGCACUUCAACCGCGAGUUCACCUAUGCCAGCGACAGAUCCUUCUGCGACCACAACCCCACCAGCGUCCGGCAACGCAACAAUUCCUGCCGGAAACGCAACAGUUCCUGCCGGCAACGCCACAAUUCCUGCCGGAAACGCAACAGUUCCUGCCGGCGACGCCACAAUUCCCGCCGGCAACGAAACAAUUCCUGCCAGAAACACAACAGUUCCCGCCGGAAAUGCAACAAUUCCUGCCGGGAACGAGACAAUUCCUGCCGCAAAUUCGACAGUUGCACCUCCGUCCAAUGCUACUUCCGCUGCGCCUGCUAGCAAUGAAACGUCCACCACAGUCGCACCCGCCGCUGGUAACGAAACUGCUACCACCCCCGCUCCCCCACCAAGCGGCUCUAAUACCACCGUCAAUGCUGAUUCUACGACACCUGCGCCCGGUGUGGCUUCGGGAAGAUCUAUGAGAAGAAAAAGAAGGAAGGCAACGACGGAAGAACCUGAUUAUGGAAUUUUGUCAUCAGUUCGUCGCCAUGCUGUGCAAGGACGCUCUAUGAGAGUUCACCAUUCAAAGUCCACGACUGAAACUGUUCCGUUGGACACUUUAACAACAACUGCUCCCCCUCCAGUAGACAAACGUAGAGCUAUAACCAGAUCCACCACUUCGGAAGAAGAAUUGGUACCAAAAAAGGAAAAAGUUACCAAGGGCAAAAAAGUAUUGUUUGUCGAGAAAAGCGAUGUCGAUUCAAAACGGAAAAUCCACUCCUCCGAAAUUCUAGAUUUUGCGAACGAGGUAAUAUCCAGUGAGGAUGAUGAAGUUGAUAUAGACGAAACAUACUGAUGAUCAUAAAGAAAUAUCGUGAUGCUAAAUACUUUUGACGA